GGCGAACACGAUUUGAACAAUAAGAGACAGUUGGAAAAUCAUAAACGAGGUAAAUAUGCACACCUCAUUAUCCGAAUAGUUCAUCACGUUUGCGGUAUAUCCUGUUAUGCGCUGCUACAGUUAUAAGCCCAUGCAAACAAGCGCACUGUGUAAUCCGCAAUGCCGGACUCCAUAGAGCCGGAUGCUCCCAUAGCAGACGUGGUAGUAAACGAAGACGUACAUCAAGACAAAGACACGCGGGUACAAGCAUACGAGCCCAUGGAUGAAGAUAUAAACAUAAAGGAGAAUCUCGCAGAUAUUACAGAGAAUGUGAGCGCAGUUGGUGCAUCCAUAUUGGCAACGCUAUCCCCGAGUAGUGGGCGUAUCAGUACGGAUGCACGUGGCCAUACGCUCACGGACUCACAAGUGGGUGACAUACCAGACGUGGUGGUGGUCGGUACAUCUGCGGUGACCAGUGCGGCUGGUUAUCCCAGGUCUACUGACCACUCAAGAUCAAACAUCGAUGACCUAUCAUAUAGGCAGAAUGUUAAUCGUAACAUAGCCAUUGGAGCGGAUACAGGGGGUAUUAGAAGACCCUCAGCAGACCCGGAAGUUCGAACAAAUAUGAAAUUCGUUCGCUCUGGUAGUGGGAGGGCUAUAUCGGAACAUCAUACUAGUAUGAGCAAUUCUAUCGGUAACCAGAGCAAUAACAAGCGUAGCGAUAUGCGUAUACCUAGAGAUUACCUUCCGAGUGGAUGUGUGAAGUUCAUGACCGUGGAAUUAGAUGAAGCCAACGUUCUGAUGGU